GAGGCGGGGGCCUCGAGAGGGUGAAAGGAGGGAGGAGAAGGGCGGGGCGCGGAGGCCCCAGCAAGGGACGAGACUCCAACUCUGACUUUUUCUGCCGCUCUCGGAGUCUGGACUCAGCCCCCUUCUCCACCAGGAUUGAAGCAUCUCACCCACCCCUGUGCCAACCUCUUGAAACAACCACCUCCUGACACCCCCCCGCCCCGCCCCAGCCCAGGCUUCCACCGCAGCCAUGUCUCUCCUCCUGCUGAUGGUCUCUGCCCUUCACAUCCUCAUUCUCAUCCUGCUUUUUGUGGCCACUUUGGACAAGUCCUGGUGGACCCUCCCGGGGAAGGAGUCCCUGAAUCUCUGGUAUGACUGCACGUGGAACAAUGACAACAAAACGUGGGCCUGCAGUAACGUCAGCGAGAAUGGCUGGCUGAAGGCGGUUCAGGUCCUCAUGGUGCUUUCCCUCAUCCUCUGCUGCCUGUCCUUCAUCCUGUUCAUGUUCCAGCUCUACACCAUGCGGCGAGGCGGGCUCUUCUAUGCCACUGGCCUCUGCCAGCUUUGUACCAGCGUGGCGGUGUUUACCGGGGCGCUGAUCUACGCCAUUCACGCCGAGGAGAUCCUGGCGGAACGCCCGCGGGGGGGCAGCUUCGGUUACUGCUUCGCCCUGGCUUGGGUGGCCUUCCCCCUCGCCCUGGCCAGCGGCGUCAUCUACAUCCACCUGCGGAAGCGGGAGUGAGGGCCCCGCGUCGCCCUGCCGCCUCUGCCGGUGCCCGGCCCCUCCGUCUCAGCCCCAAAGCCCCCGCCCCCGGCCUCCUCCAGAAAAUAAGACCGUUUAACCGC